GCUUGCUAGAAAGCAGCACCCGGCUGAAGCCUCACGAAGCCCAGAACUACAGAAAGAAGGCGUUGUGGGUGUCUUGGUUCUCCAUUAUCGUCACAUUGGCCCUUGCCGUGGCUGCGUUCACUGUCUCCGUUAUGAGGUACAGCGCCUCUGCUUUUGGGUUUGCAUUUGACGCCAUCUUGGACGUCUUGUCGUCGGCGAUUGUCCUGUGGCGUUAUAGCAAUGCGGCUGCUGUACACUCUGCCCAUAGAGAGUACAUAGCCUGUGUCAUCCUGGGGGUGAUAUUCCUUCUGUCAUCCAUAUGUAUAGUGGUCAAGGCCAUCCAUGACCUCUCAACCAGGCUGCUCCCAGAAGUGGAUGAUUUCCUGUUCAGUGUUUCCAUUUUAAGCGGGAUCCUGUGCAGCAUCCUGGCUGUGCUGAAGUUCAUGCUGGGGAAGGUUCUGACCAGCAGAGCCCUUAUAACAGACGGCUUUAACUCCCUCGUGGGCGGUGUGAUGGGCUUCUCCAUUCUCCUGAGCGCGGAAGUGUUCAAGCACAACUCGGCGGUCUGGUACCUGGACGGCAGCAUCGGGGUGCUGAUUGGCCUCACCAUAUUUGCCUACGGGGUCAAGCUCCUCAUCGACAUGGUGCCAAGGGUAAGGCAGACGCGUCACUACGAGAUGUUUGAAUGAAGGUGACCAAGGGGCCAGCAUGGUCCCCAUCUGCAUGAAGAUUGUCAAAGUGACCAGAGGUUUCCAUGUAGGCGGACGGUGCCAACAUUUAACUGAACAUCCAGUUUCUUUUUUGGAAGUUUUCUUUCAUACAGUUUGUCAUCACGGGCCAAGGUCUGCCCAGGCGUGGAUCUGCCCCACAUCCGUCACAUACACUACGACAAUGCUCAGAGAAGGGGACCCGCUCCCCCAUCUGGAGCCGGAACUGACGUUUUCUAUAUUGUGGAGUAAAGGCGUUCUUGUGGGUUGGGAAAGAGCCCAUCCGUGGUGCUCUGAGUCUGAAAUGGAUAGCAACUGACAGCCCUCCUCUCUGUAAGUGUGUGUGGCCCCCGCCACCACCUAGUUCCAAAGUCUCUCCUGGCAGAUUUUAAGGGAAGACCAUGCCCUUUUGUCACUCAUCCCUAUACAAAGCCCAAACCAUCAGUGUUUCCUUCCUGAUUUCUAUCAAUAUACUUCAUUAGUUUCAUACUGUUUUACUAAUCCUAAACCUAAACAGAUUUGUUCAAAAGGAGACCAUUCUAUUUUUUAAAGUACUUAGUGAUACACACGAGCUUUGCAUGGACGAGCUAAAUAAGCACAUAACCCUUUCUCAUAUGUCCAGAACUUGCACAUCCAUGUAAAAACAGGAUCCAUUUUUGAGAGAUAUGAAACUACAGUUUAUUUGUAAUAAAUGAUAUAAUCCGUAUAUGCAUAUAUCUAUAUGCUGUGGUAAGUGGUAAUGGUACAUUACAGUCUGUGAGAUGGUUUACUCCUCUGUAAGGAACGAGACGUUCUCACUGAUGUCACGUUAGGUGUAGAUUCCGUAGACAUGUCCUCCUGCCCUGCAACGUUCUGUACCUCUCACAGUGCUGCCUGCCCGGGCAGCAGUGUCUGGACAAUAAAGACCUUUACCUGUUUUGUAUGGUA